AUGAACUCGUCAGAUAUGAACAACUUCAGUGACGAAGUGUGGUAUUACAAUGGAACGGAUGUUACUCCUAAUAAAUUAUUGUUCGGGAUUGGCAUGGACAAUUUCAUCACGCUACUUAUUUUCGGUUUGAUAUUUACAUUGGGCGUGCUGGGAAACUCUAUGGUUAUUACGGUCCUAGCCCGGAGCAAGCCCGGGAAACCUCGGAGCACCACCAACAUCUUCAUCCUCAACCUCAGCAUCGCUGACCUAUCUUACCUGCUCUUUUGUAUCCCAUUUCAGUCGACAAUUUACAUGAUGCCUACAUGGGUCUUGGGAGCUUUCAUUUGCAAGUUUAUACAUUAUUUCUUCACGGUGUCCAUGCUGGUCAGCAUUUUCACCUUGUCUGCAAUGUCUGUGGACCGUUACAUCGCCAUCGUGCACUCCAGAAAGUCGUCUUCUAUCCGCGUGGCGAAAAACGCGCUUGCCGGAGUCAUUGUCAUUUGGGUUCUUUCGCUAAUGAUGGCAGCACCCGUUGCGCAUUAUCAGAACAUAUUUGAACGGGGAGAAAACACCACUUUCUGCUGGGAAGUGUGGCCGGACCCAAAUCAUAAAAAAAUCUACGUUGUAUGCACAUUUGUCUUUGGUUAUGUACUGCCCCUUCUUUUGAUUUCCUUCUGUUAUGCAAGGGUUUUAAAUCAUUUGCACAAAAAACUCAGAAAUAUGUCCAAAAAAUCGGAGGCGUCUAAGAAGAAGACUGCUCAGACAGUACUGGUGGUAGUGGUGGUUUUCUGCUUGUCCUGGCUCCCCCAUCAUGUGGUUCACCUCUGGGUAGAGUUUGGGUCGUUCCCUCUGAACCAGGCCUCAUUUGUGUUCCGUGUGGCAGCCCACUGCCUGGCCUACAGCAACUCCUCAGUCAACCCGGUCAUCUAUGCCUUCCUGUCUGAAAACUUCCGGAAGGCUUAUAAGCAGGUUUUCCGGUGCCAGAUUACAAGCGAGUCCCCACUCAACGACAUCAAGGAAAUACGCAGCAAAGCAGACACUCCACCCUCAACCAACUGCACCAAUGUUUGA